UCUAGUGUUGGAAAGUGAAAUACGCAUGGGCGCCAUUUCAGCCCGAGUUCAGCAUCUUGCUCUAUAAUCUUUGGCUAUAUGCACCCCUCAUUAUUGCUACGGUUCAGCGGUGUUCAACAGAAGAAGGAAACAAAAGCGUGCGUCUUUUGUGCACCAAGAAGGCUUUAUUUAUUCUUAAAGGAAUUCAUUACACCUUGCUUGCGAAAGCUUGCUAGAAACUCCUUGCUCCCGCUGUGUAUUAAACAGAUUUCCAGAUUCCAUGAAGCUGAAUAAUAAUUGACACGAUGACGAUCAAGGAUUUAAAGAAGUCUCUGCCUGUGUGCUGUUUUGUCGCCUCAUUCCUCCUGGCCUUUGCUUGGAUAGGAAACUACCGACACUCAUCAUCUUCGAGUGAACGCAACGUGAGCAAACUGAGUAGAGUAAGAGACGCCGGAGUUACGACGAGCCUGCUUAAUGAAUCAUUUGCAAUAUCACAUGGUAAAGACUGUGUGAAUGGAAAUACCACACUCGAACCUGAUGCAGGAAUGGAGUCCUCCUUGCUUUGGAAACCCAAAACUGACGAUGUAAAUCUCAAGGUGAUUUUCAUUCGCAUCCCUAAAACUGGAAGCCGUACGAUGGGGGGCCUGGUUGAACAACAACUCAGCGGAAAGGGAUUUCGUCAUGUCGUCGUCAAAUUCUCGAAGGUCGAAGGUGACAAACGCAGAAUCUUCAGUCAAAAAGGGAAGGUUCUUUUUUCCGGACAUACAAGACAUAUGGAAUUUCAAUGGCCAACUCCUCCCAUUUACAUUAGUAUAACUCGUGAUCCGGUCGAAAGAUUUAAGUCUUAUUUCAGCUACUCUUUUUAUGGCGACAAGGAUAACCCAGACUAUGUCGUGAAGAACAUGAUGUUCAAUAGAGCGGAGAUGGCCAAAUCUAGAGGCGGUAACAACACUAUUCCGACAUCGAGUGAGUGUAUUUUGCAGGAAAUGCCAUUCUGUAUGGAGAAAGAUCGUUUACUGUUUCCAACUUUGAUAUUACUCUGCGGUUGGGACCCACGAUGCAGUGACGCUGGUGAGUGGGCAUACAACAACGCCGUAAAACACGUUAAUGGUGCACUUGCAGUUGGAGUGUCCGAGGAAACUGACGAUUUUUUACGUGUAGUUGAACGUCUUGCACCAGAUUUGUUCAGCAAUAUAUAUUCUGCGUAUAAACAGCCGAUAUCUAUGGCAGCUAAGCAGACAACUGCGACCAAAUCGGCGCAUAAGGAACAACUGACGUCAGAGGCUGAAGAGAAGCUACGAGGACUGAUGAAGAUGGAGUGUCGUAUCUACAACUAUAUUAAAGACCGCUUCCAUCAAAUAAAGAAAGAGUUGUUAAUUUGAUUAACACAGCCAAAAUUCGCAAAUCAUUUUGUGUAGGCGCCUUGAUCGGUUUUCUGGAGAAGUGAGCAUUAUAAAUCCAUUAUUAUAAUUAUUAUUAUUAUUAUUGUUUGUCUGUGCAUUCUUAGAGAACUUGUAUUUAAGUGCAUCGGUGCUUUGUGGUUGAAAGGGGGUUAGGUGAUAAGACUAAACAGCUCAAUUGAUGCUUUCAUAAAUAUGAUGACAAGCCACCAAGGUUUUUUUCUUCUUCACAUUCAUGUACAAAUGAUUAAGGAGCACCAGCCGUCUCCCUAAAAAAAAAACCUUUGCGGAAAAAUACACACCAAAACAAAUCCUUGUGCCACUUUCAGAACUUAAUGUAGGCAUACAUCUAGUGUGUUUUAACUCAAGUUUUCCUGUUGGAUUGUUAAUUAUGUGUGUUGAUGGUUUGCAAUACAUGUAUCCUGAAUGGUUCACAUUCUCGAAGAAAAAAUAAUAAUAUUUGUUUUGUGCCUUUAUCAUCAAACUGUCGGAUAGGUCUGCCAGAAACAUGUCUGUUUCUGAUGAUUUUCAUUUUCAUCAUGAAGAUCUCGGGCUUAUAUUACUUGCAGCUUUUCAUGUAUAGAUAUUUUUUAUAGACUUUAUAGAUAUUUUUUAUAGACUUUUGUGGCUUGUACUGUUUUUUUGUUCUGUUUUAUGGUAGAUAAUAAUUUUAUGUAAAUUUUGGAAGUUGUAUUAAAGGCCAAAAUUAACUUCCAAUCGUGAAAAAUAAAGUGAAUUGAAUUGGA